UCUGGCUGCUGUCGCCCGGAACCCUCGCAGAGAAGACUACGGGUCCCGUGACCGCGCAGAGCCCCCCGCGGGGGCGGCUAGAGUGGGGACGGCGCAGAAGGCGGGGCGCGUGGGAAGAAAGGGGGUUUUGUGCGGCGCCCGGCGGGCUGGCGCCCCCAUCUGCGUCCCGCGCACCCGGCCCUGCUCGCGCCCGCGCAUUGCGCCGCAGUCUCUCGGCCGCGGCUGCGGGACGCACGGUGUACGGAGGGGACCUCACAAGUUCGUCCAUCAGUUUGCAGCAUGAUCCCACUGCUGUCCCUGCUGGCAGCCCUGGUACUGACCCAGGCCCCUGCAGUCCUAGCUGACGAUCUGAAAGAGGACAGUUCAGAGGACCGAGCCUUCCGCGUGCGCAUUGGCGCCACGCAGCUGCGGGGCGUGCUGGGCGGCGCCCUGACCAUCCCAUGCCACGUCCACCACCUGCGGCCGCUGACCAGCCGCCGAGCAGUGCCGGGCUUUCCCCGGGUCAAGUGGACCUUUCUGGCCGGGGAUCGGGAGGCUGAGGUGUUGGUGGCUCGCGGGCUGCGGGUCAAAGUAAACGAAGCCUACAGGUUCCGAGUAGCCCUGCCCGCCUACCCUGCAUCGCUCACGGACGUGUCUCUGGUGUUGAGCGAGCUGCGGCCCAAUGAUUCCGGGGUCUACCGCUGCGAGGUCCAGCAUGGUAUUGACGACAGCAGUGACACUGUGGAAGUCAAGGUCAAAGGGGUCGUCUUUCUCUACCGAGAGGGCUCUGCCCGCUAUGCUUUCUCUUUUGCUGGAGCCCAGGAAGCCUGUGCUCGCAUAGGUGCCAGAAUCGCCACCCCUGAGCAGCUCUAUGCUGCCUACCUCGGCGGUUAUGAGCAGUGUGAUGCCGGCUGGCUGUCCGACCAGACUGUAAGGUAUCCCAUCCAGAACCCAAGGGAGGCCUGCUAUGGAGACAUGGAUGGCUACCCUGGAGUGCGGAACUAUGGAGUGGUGGGUCCUGAGGACCUCUAUGAUGUCUACUGCUACGCCGAAGACCUAAAUGGAGAACUGUUUCUAGGCGCCCCUCCCGGCAAGCUGACGUGGGAGGAGGCUCGGGACUACUGUCUGGAACGGGGUGCGCAGAUUGCCAGCACGGGCCAGCUAUAUGCAGCCUGGAAUGGUGGCUUGGACCGGUGCAGCCCCGGUUGGCUGGCUGACGGCAGUGUGCGCUACCCCAUCAUCACUCCCAGCCAACGCUGUGGUGGGGGUCUGCCAGGAGUCAAAACCCUCUUCCUCUUCCCCAAUCAGACUGGCUUCCCCAGCAAACAGAACCGCUUCAAUGUCUACUGUUUCCGAGACUCAGCCCACCCCUCUGCCUCUUCUGAAGCCUCCAGCCCAGCCUCUGAUGGACUAGAGGCCAUUGUCACAGUGACAGAGAAGCUGGAGGAGCUGCAGUUGCCUCGGGAAGCUAUGGAGAGUGAGUCUCGAGGGGCCAUCUACUCCAUCCCCAUCAUGGAGGAUGGGGCAGGAGGAAGCUCCUCUUCCCCAGAAGACCCAGCAGAGGCCCCUGGGAUUCUCCUAGAAUCGGAAACCCAAUCCAUUGCACCACCUACCCGGUCCUCAGAAGAAGAGGUAGCCCUGGAGGAAGAAGAAAGAUACAAAGACACAGAGGCUCCAGAGGAAGAGAAGGAGCAGGAGGACCUGUGGGUGUGGCCCAGGGAGCUCAGCAGCCCUCUCCCCACUGACUUGGAUACAGAGCACUCACUCUCCCGUGUGUCCCCACCAGCUGGGGCAGUUCUGCAGCUGGGUGCAUCGCCUUCUCCCAGGCCUCCAAGGGUCCAUGGACCACCUACAGAGACUUUCCUCCCCACAAGGGAGGGAAGUCUCACAUCCACUCCAGAUGGGGCAAGAGAGGUAUCAGGAGAAACUGGAAGCCCUGAGCUCUCUGGGGUCCCUCGAGAGAGUGAGGAGGCAGGGAGCUCCAGCUUGGAGGAUGGCCCUUCCCUGCUUCCAACCACAUGGGCCCCUGAGGGUACCAGAGAGCUGGAAACCCCCUCAGGAGAGAAGUCUGGAAGACCUGUGCAGGCCCAGCCAGUGCUGCCCACCGACAGUGCCAGCCAAGGUGGAGUGGCUGUGGCCCCCUCAUCAGGUGACUGUAUCCCCAGCCCUUGCCACAAUGGUGGGACAUGCUUGGAGGAGAAGGAGGGUUUCCGCUGCCUGUGUUUGCCAGGCUAUGGGGGGGACCUGUGCGAUGUUGGCCUCCAGUUCUGCAGCCCCGGCUGGGAAGCUUUCCAGGGUGCCUGCUACAAACACUUUUCCACACGGAGGAGCUGGGAGGACGCAGAAAGCCAGUGCCGAGCACUAGGUGCGCAUCUGACCAGCAUCUGCACUCCGGAGGAGCAGGACUUCGUCAACGAUCGCUAUCGGGAGUACCAGUGGAUUGGACUCAAUGACAGGACCAUUGAGGGGGACUUCUUGUGGUCAGAUGGGGCCCCUGUGCUCUAUGAAAACUGGAACCCUGGGCAGCCUGACAGCUACUUCCUGUCCGGGGAGAACUGUGUGGUCAUGGUGUGGCAUGACCAGGGCCAGUGGAGUGACGUACCCUGCAACUACCACCUCUCCUACACCUGCAAGAUGGGGCUUGUGUCCUGUGGGCCUCCACCACAGCUGCCCCUGGCUCAAAUAUUUGGUCGUCCUCGGCUGCGCUAUGCGGUGGACACUGUACUACGAUACCGGUGCCAGGAGGGGCUGGCCCAGCGCAACCUACCUUUGAUCCGCUGCCAAGAAAAUGGGCUUUGGGAGGCCCCCCAGAUUUCCUGUGUGCCCCGAAGGCCUGUGAGUGACAAGAGGAAGCAGGCUCGUGCUCUGCACUCAGGGGACACACCAGAAAGACCACUGGGACAGCUCCCAAGGCCCAGGAAGGCACUGCUGACACCUCCAUCCAGUCUCUAAGGAGCCAGCCUGGAAUACUGCUGUCCCCAGCACUGCCCUCUUCCCGGAACAGGGGGUGGCCUGAGAGGGGUGGGACUGGACAGUGCCAGAAGGGGUUUCUGGGAAACCUGUGGAUGGCUCCACCCAGCCUGGGCCCUCUUUCUCAUACCUGGCCUCAGGUUUUACCCUCAGGACAACGGGUAAGUCCCUAAGUGCCUCAACUUCUCUCUCAUGUCAGCUGCCUCCUUGUCCCUCGAUUUCUCUAAGGGACACUGUGCUACUCAUUCCUGAUUUUGAAAGGAUUAGCAGGGUGGCAUGCCAGCAAAACCAGAUGGAAAUAAAGUUGAUUGA